AUUUAAGUGUCAAUUGUCAUUUGAUUGAUGAAAAUGAUAGAUUUAAUAUUAUAUCCUAUGCGUUCGCGUUUUAUAGAAUUAUUGUGUGAUUGCUUUUCGUGAAUGUGCGGUGUUUAACGGCUAUCAAAUUAAUAUCGUUUCCUCAAAAUUUUCAACACUCUCCCAUUCUUAGAUAUAAAUAAAAAUGUCAAUGAUUGUGGAAGGAGAUCGCGAAGAGGGUGAAAUCGUCGAUGACGAGUUUGAGGAAAUUUCGGAUAAUUCAAUAAUAUUUUCAUUUAAUGAAACGGGUAAGUCUCUUAAUUAUACAGAACAAUUACCAGUUAUUUCUUUGAGCAGUGUCAGCGAGUAUGAAGACGAAAACGAACACAUAAAAGUAAGAAGUAUGAGGAAAUUCCAUGAAAAGUAUCGACAUCAUCGCCAUCACCGUCAUAAAUUGAAAAAGAGAAUGAGGGGUAAAUAUUUCAGGAAGCUGCACAGGAUGAAAAAGUGGAAAAGGCUUGUAACACAUAGUACUAGUUCCAGUUUUGAUUCAGAUGAAAGUCUUGAUGAAGAUUUGGAUAGUGAACUUCAGACUCAAUUGAAAGCUGCCAUUAAAGUAGAAAAGACUGACAAUCACACAAAUAGCCUAAGAAAUAGACUUAAAGCUAUGGUUAAAGUGGAUAUUGAAAAAAAGGAAAAAACAAGCGAUAAUCCUAAAUCAGAUAGUGAUGAUAAAAUAAGUGAACAAAAAACACAGUUAAGUGAACAAACUGAUGAAGUAGAUAAUGAAUUAAUGCAGUUACGAGUCGAGGCUUUAAGAUCUGCUGUUCUGAAUAAAUUGGCACAUAGGAAAAAAAGGAAGAAAGAGGACACUGAAAUAAAUGAAGAUGUUAAUUUUGAUACCAACAAAGAAAACAAUAAUAAUAAAAAUGUAGGUAACAAAAAACCAUGUUUGAAUGUUGAAGUACAAGAAGAGAAUAAUACUCCACCAGAUGAAGAUGAGGAUAUCCUUAGAGCUGUAUUAUUAGCAUCUCUUUCAAAAAAACAUUCCAAUGGUGAAAUAAAAAAGACAAAGUUACCUCCAAUUGAUUCAAAAUGUAAUGAAACAAAUGCGAAUAUUAAAAAAACGGUAGUACCACUAAGACAUCACAUACCUCAUAACAUAAAGCCUAUAAUAAUAAAUGUUAGUAGUGAUUCAGAAUCAGAGGCUGAUACAAAUGGAACCAAUAAUAAAAAUACAAACAUUAAUCAGGAAAUUGAAAAUACUGUAGAACAUUUUUUGAGAGAGCAAAGAGCACGUGUUGAGGCUCAGAUGAAACAGAAACAAAUUUCACGCCAUAAACUUAUUGUAAAAAAUAAUAUUCCUAAGCAGAUCCAACGCCAAAAUUCUGACGAAUCUGUGCUUCUAGAAAAAUCUUCUGUUAGGUUAUUACCGAAAACAAAACAAUUAGAAUAUCAAAGACUUGUACAAAAAUUAAAAAAUGCUCAAAAGAAAUCUAGGAUCAGAAAACCUUUGAUUAGAGGGUGUGAAGGAGCCACUUCUCAAAGAAAAAAUUGUCAUCAAAAGAUUAAUGGACCAGAACCAAAUAAAAUAUUCGAUUUUAAACAGGAAGCAAGAACAUUACACAACAUUUUGAAGGGAAUGCAGAAACAGCAAAAUGGAAGAUUACAGAUAGAAGAAAAAUAUGUUAUUCUCACUCCGAUCAUCAGAAAAAUAAAUGAAACAACAACUGAGAGAAAGAAGUAUGAUCAAGAAGUCAAACGAUUGGUAGCAGAAUUAGCAGAAACUAGAAGAAAAUUACAGGAAACCCACAAGAAUUUCUCGGAAUGUGUUAAGGAGUUAUUCAUUAAAAAAAAUGAAAUUGAUAAAAGUACGUCAGUACCAAAUGAAAAAGGAUCAAAAGUACCUGUAACAUCUACACCAAACAAAUCCGAACUCCCUUUGGUACCAUUAGAUAUAACUGUCGACGGUACUCCCAAUGUUUCUAAAACCCCUAAUCUAAAAGCUGACGAAAUCUGUCAGGACUUGAAUACUUUUAAGGCAGCAGAAAUUGAAGGUGACGCUAUUGAUGAUACAAAAUUAACAAUUCAAGCUACUAAAGAGAAACAUAUAGUUUUUAAAAUUGAUGGAGUGGAAGUUGAAAACAAUGUAGAUGCGAAGAUUAACAAAUUUAGUAAAGUUGAAAAUGACAUUGAAUCAGGAGAUCCCAAUGAUGUUAACAAUAAAUUCGAAACGUUUCCUAAUUAUGUAUCUCCGUUGGAUAAUGUACACAGAAAAAAUAACUAUGAUCCGUUUGUGAUAAUGUGUCCCUAUGACAUUAAUGGAAACUGUCGUGAUCCAGAGUGCACUUACACCCAUUAUUCCAGAUAAGUGUACAUCAAUUUUUUUAUAAAUGAUUUUCAAAGAGAACUUUUUAAUUUUUUUUUAUAAUUGGUUAUUUAUAUUUACUUACCUCAUAUUUUAAAAUUUAAUGCUCUUUAGUAUUUUUUUUAAGUACAAACUUAUACGUUGCCAUUUUCGUAAUUGUGCGGAAAGAUAAACAUUUCUUUUUACCAAAUAUUUUCAUCGAUCGUAUAUAUAUAUAUUAUCUUUAUAUUUGUUAUUUUCUCGUUAUUUUUGUAUCUUAUAUGAUUAAAUAAACAAAAUUUUCAUCA